UUUCGGUCCUUUUCUUCACAGUUUCAAAGGGAAUGAACAUAGAUUCUCUUUUGAUUUUUAAAUAAAAAACCCAAAUUAAAAUCAUCCUAAAAUUGAUAAUGUUACAACUUUUUUGAUUCACCUAUUCUACAAUUACGCGGUCAAUUAUUUCUGUCUUCUGAAGUUACGUUACAUUUUCUUCUCAAUUGUUAGAUCUAGUCAAUUUUCAAAUAUCAGAGUCACAAAAUCAACUUGAAAUUUCUGGAUGACGCACAUCCCAUUUACAAAAGAAACGCAUUUCUCUUGCUGAAUAACGCUUUCAGAUUGAUAUUCAAUCGAUUUUCUCAAUUGGGUUCUGUUAAUUUGGACGAUUUCAUUCGUUCUGCAGCUGGGUUAAAUUUUUCUCAAUUGGGUAUUGCUCAAGAAGUUCAAAAUUUUGGAUUUUGGAUUUAGGGUUUGAGGGUUAGCUGGGAAUCAGUCAGAUUGCUUCAAGGUUGAUAACUUUUGGGAAGUUGUGUUGAGAAUUGAAUUGGUUGUUCACGAGCUACUGCAAAGGAGGAGAGAAAUUUGUUGCAUUGUCCGAAAUUAUUGAAAUCCCUUUUUAGGGUUUUUCUUGUAAUUUAUUUUAGUUGCAGGAAAAUUUGAGGUUCUGGGUUUAUUGAUGAGAUGAAAAGGAUUGUUUGUGUUUGUUAUAGUGAAGCUACCAAUGAUGAGAAUAAAAGAUGUGGGAUUCUGGAUGGUGUUUGUUCUUCUGUUUUGUUCUUGUUUGGGAAUGACCCUGGAAGAUAGGACGGUGAUCCAGGGAAUACUUUCUGGCUUCGAGCUCGAUUCGACUUCUCAAGAAUUUGAUGAAAAUUUGGUGGAGGUAUUAGCUAUUAGUUGCAGACUUGAGUUGAUACAUGUGAAUCAAAUUUAUAAACAUCUUGGUUACAAAUACAAUAAGCCAGAUGCUUCAGGCGCAAGAACUGAACCAAUUCUCAACGGUCAAGCAGCGUUGACAGAGGAGAUUGUUCGUAAAGCUGUCAGCAUAUUAGAACCACAGAAAAAGAAUAAUCUCUUCAAAUGCUUCAGGGAGCAUUAUCUCAUCUCCCCAAUCUCCGGCGAAGAAUUUAGUCCUAUUGGUUGGUUCCAUAAAAAUCUGAAUUCCAAAUUCCUAAAGUUGAAGCCCACUGCUGACUCAAGAAGGCUUCUAGCUGAAGCUCCGUCUCUUUCUCCUUCUCCUUCUCCUUCUCCUGCCCUUGCCCCAUCACCUCGAUCAUCUGGCGCUAAACGCUCUGCUCCAAAGCGAAAGGCUCCACCUCCAGUAGAUGGUUUUUCUGUUCCGAUUCUUAUUCCUGAAUCUGAGUCAGACUCGACAACAGAUAAUGGCAGCAAUGACCACAACCGCACUACGAUUGUUGUUGCUGUUGUUGUUACUGCAUGUGUGACAUUUUUCGCUGCUUUAAUUAUAUUUUGUUGCUGCCGUAAAGCUUUCGGUGGAGGUUCCAAACAAGAAAUUAAGGAUGACAGGCCCCUCCUAAGCUUAAGUUCCAGUGACUUCACUGCUCAUGGUUCUUCGCCAAAGCUUUGGACUUAUGAAAAUUCUGUGAACAAAGGGAAUUCUAUUUAUUUGAGUAGCACAACAGGUGGUGUGUCUUCAGAUGUUAAGUUAUCAAUGCAAUCUGCUAACAAUGUGACGGCCACUGCAGCUUCCGUUAACCCUAGCAAUAGUAAUGCAUCAUCGGAGCUGAAGCCACCUCCUGGAAGAUUUGGUGUCCCAGCCCCUGGAAUGCCUCCUUUGAAGGCUCCCCCUGGGAGAGCUGAUCCCUUGCCUCUUGAACGUCCUGCUUCCUUAAGACGAGCUCCAAGCACAGGAGGUUCACCACCACUUCCUCCAAAGCCCCCAGCAGCAGCCCCUCCUCCUCCCCCUCCUAAAAAAGCAGGCCCACCUCCUCCCGGGCCUCCGCCGCCACCACCAGGCCGUGGAGGGAAGCCUGGUCCUAAAGCGCCACCACCACCAAAAGGUGGUAGUACACCAUCUCGGCUCCCGCCGAUUGCAGUCAAAGGUAGCAGUUCAGCUAAUGAGAGUGAUGCUUCAAAAGCAAAGCUAAAGCCAUUCUUUUGGGACAAAGUUCAAGCCAACCCUGAACAUUCAAUGGUUUGGGACCAACUUAAAUCAGGGUCUUUCCAGUUCAAUGAAGAGAUGAUAGAAUCAUUAUUUGGUUUUGCUGCUGCUGAGAACAAAAAUAAUAAAAAGACAGAGUCUAACUCUCGUGAUCCACCAUCGCAAUUCAUUCAACUAAUAGAUCAGAAGAAGGCACAAAAUCUAUCUAUCCUCUUGCGGGCACUAAAUGUUACUACAGAAGAAGUUCGGGAUGCUCUGCUAGAAGGGAAUGAGCUUCCAUCGGAACUCCUUGAGACUUUGAUAAAAAUGGCUCCAACCCCAGAAGAAGAACUGAAACUGAGACUUUUUGAUGGUCAAAUUUCUCAACUUGGAGCAGCUGAGCGGUUUCUAAAGGCUUUGGUGGACAUCCCAUUUGCCUUCAGGCGAAUGGAGACAUUACUGUUUAUGGUUACUCUUCAGGAGGAAGCUACAUCAUUGAAGGAAUCCUUCAUUACUCUAGAGGCUGCUUGCAAGGAACUCAGAAACAGUCGCCUUUUUCUGAAGCUUCUAGAAGCUGUUCUUAAGACGGGUAACCGUAUGAAUGAUGGAACAUAUCGUGGUGGGGCUCACGCAUUCAAGCUGGAUACGCUGUUGAAAUUGGCCGAUGUCAAAGGAACAGAUGGCAAAACCACACUUCUCCAUUUUGUUGUUCAAGAAAUAAUCCGGUCAGAAGGUGUGAGGGCUGUCCGUGCUUCCCGGGAAAACAAGAGUAUAUCCAGCGUAAAAUCAGAAGAUCUUUUGGAAGAUGUUCCGGAUGAUUCUGAGGAGCACUAUCGCAGUCUUGGUCUUCAGGUUGUUUCAGGAGUAGGGGACCAGCUAGAAAAUGUCAAGAAAGCAGCAUGUUUGGAUUCAGAUAUUUUGACAGGAACCCUUGCCAAGCUUGGAAAUGCUUUGCUUAAAGCAAAGAACUUUCUGAACAAAGAAAUGGCCGAAGUGAAUGAAGAUGAUGGUUUCCAUCGGGCCCUUAAAAGCUUUGUAAAGGAUGCUGAGGGUGAUACCACGCGGUUAUUGGAGGAAGAAAAGAGGAUUACGGUUCUUGUAAAGAAUACAGUUGAUUACUUCCAUGGAAGUUCUGGGAAGGAAGAAGGGUUGCGUUUGUUUGUCAUAGUUCGGGAUUUCUUAAUAAUGCUGGACAAAUCAUGUAGAGAGGUGAAAGAGAAGCCGAAGUGGCCUACCAGAAAUCAGAAGAAACGAGAGCCUCCUUUGAGGCAAACGUCUACUGAAACUCCUCGAACACCAUUUUCCCCUGAUUUUCGCCAAAAGCUUUUCCCAGCUAUUGUAGAACGUCGAAUGGAUGAUGGUACUAGUUCGGAUGAUGAUUGAGAACACACUGAUUACUGAUAUAUCUAGUUUGUCAUAGGUACUCAUAGAUUUCAGAUGCUGGGGGAUCAGAAGAUUGAGGGUCUUUAUUUUUGAAAUCCCAAAAUUGGUGAAGAUCAACAUUCAUGUUCACGGCCUUUGGAAGUGAGUUUUCGAGAAGUUCGUGCCUGACUUAUUAUCAUCACAAAUCCCCCGUGUAGAAAUAUACCUUCGGCUCUUUUUUCUCUAGUGACUCAUGCUCAAUUAGUUGCUUAAUGCUUAUGGCUUACUCACCCUGUAAUUUAUGUCAAUUUAGUUAAUAUUUUUGGUUUUGGUUUUGGUUUGCCUACUUGUUCAAAACCAAAGAAUAGUUUCACACAUUAUUAACUGAGUAGAAAAUUAUAUUA